AUGGCUAUCAAUAAUAGUUCUCUAGUUUAUGGAAUGAUCUCUUUGUUGCUGCAUUUUGGCUGGACAUGGGUGGCACUCUUUGUAUCUGAUGAUACAAAAGGAGAGUGGUUUCUUCAAGAUCUCAAAGCAGAGAUGGUAAAAAAAGGUCUCUGUGUGGCUUUUGAAGUGAAACUCCCUGCUACUAAGAGAAUGUUUGCAUCAACUGAUAUCAGUUUCUUGACUAGGCUCAGAAGUUCAUCUGCAAAUGUCCAUAUACUAUAUGGAGAAGUAAGGAGCCUCAUCAAUGUGGGCAUUGCAGGACCGUACUUUUUAACCACAGGGAAGGUGUGGGUCAUGGCAGCAAAGUGGGAUAUUGUCGUACAUGAGACAUACCACAUGCUACAUUCUUUGCAUGGAGGCUUCUCAUUUUCUCCCCACAGGGGAGAAAUUCCUGGCUUCAAACAUUUCCUAAAGACAGUGAGCCCUUCCCAAUACCCAGAAGACUUCUACCUGAGUAAACUGUGGCUCCACAUUUUUGACUGUUUACCUGCUGGGUCACUUUGUGGAAAAAUUGGAGUGUGCCCACCAAAUGCUUCCAUUGAAUUUUUCCCUGGAGACAUUGACAUGAUGACCAUAUCUGACUCCAGUUAUUUGGUCUACAAUGCUGUGUAUGCAGUUGCCCAUGUCCUCCAUAAUAUGCUUUUGGAGAAAGCAGAAACAGGAUCCCCAGGAGAUAUAGCCCAGCCUAUGCUUCUUCCCUGGCAGAUUCCCAAAUCUGUGUGUAGCCAGAGCUGUGUUCCUGGAUUUAGAAAAGUGCCACAGGAAGGAAAACCUCUCUGCUGUUAUACAUGUGUUCUUUGUCCAGAGAGAGAUAUUUCUAAUCAUACAGAUGCAGAGCAGUGUAUUCAGUGUUCAGAGGACGAGUACCCAAACAGUGAGAGAAAUCGCUGCCUCUCCAAGCUGGUGACCUUCUUAGAUUUUGAGGAAUCCCUUGGGAUGGCUCUGACCUGCAUGGCCCUAUGCUUCUCUGUCAUCACAGCUGCAGUUUUGGGUGCCUUCAUGAAGCAUCGAGACACUCUCAUAGUCAAGGCCAAUAACCAGUCUCUCAGCUACAUCUUGAUCAUCUCCCUCCUCCUGUGCUUCCUCUGUUCCUUACUCAUAUUGACCGUCCCAACACCCACUUGUAUCCUCCAGCAAAUAACAUUUGGUCUUGUGUUCACAGUGGCUGUUUCUACCGUGCUGGCCACAACAAUUAUUGUGAUUCUGGCCUUCAAGGUUCUGAAGCCUGGAAGAACAAUGAGGCAGUUGCUGAUACCAAGAGCUUCUAACUCUGUCAUUCCUAUCUGCUCCAUGAUCCAGCUGAUUUUUUGUGGUAUUUGGUUGGGAACCACUCCUCCUUUUAUUGACAGAGAUGCACACUCUGAGCAAGGCCACAUCAUCAUUAUGUGCAACAAGGACUCGGUCACUGCCUUCUGCUGUGUCCUAGGAUACCUGGGCACCUUGGCCAUGCGGAGCUUCAUCGUGGCUUUCCUAUCCAGGAAUCUUCCUGACACAUUCAAUGAAGCCAAGUUCCUGACAUUCAGCAUGCUGGUAUUCUGCAGUGUCUGGGUCACCUUCCUCCCUGUCAACUACAGCACCAAGGGGAAGGUCAUGGUGGCUGUGGAGGUCUUCUCUAUCUUGGCCUCUAGUGUGGGGCUCCUGGGCUGCAUAUUUGUCCCCAAGUGCUACAUUAUUCGCAUGAGACCUGAGAUGAAUACUUUAAAAUAUUUUAACAACAGAAAAUGUUCUAAGAUAUUCUGA